CCAAUUGGCCUUAAUCCCAGACUCCCGCAGUCCAGGGGUGGGGAGAACCUGAGCUCCGGGCGCGGAGAGGCUGGUAGAGCAGGAGCGGAGCGCAGCGGAGACCUGCUUUGAGGACAGAUGUGCCCAAGCAUAGGGGUGCUCCAACCUGAGCUGGGGUGAAGCUUCAAGAGAAGGCAAGAGGGCGACAGAGAGAUGCAGGCGGAGGAGCCGUGCGCCCCGAGCGCACCCCGCAGUCACGACGACCCUCAGAGAAGUCAGCGAGCACGGAACACGGAGCUGCGCCUGUCGGGUCAGCUGCUUCCGGAGCUUUACGGCUUCGUGGCACGCGUGCUCUUCUACCUGGCACCCGUCUACCUGGCAGGCUACCUGGGGCUCAGCGUCACCUGGCUGCUGCUUGGCGCCUUCCUCUGGAUGUGGUGGCGCCGGAACCGCCGCGGGAAGCUGGGGCGCCUGGAGGCCGCCUUCGAAUUCCUAGAGCACGAGCGCGAGUUCAUCAGCCGCGAGCUGCGGGGCCAGCACCUGCCGGCCUGGAUACACUUCCCAGACGUGGAGCGCGUGGAGUGGGCCAAUAAGAUCAUCACGCAGAUCUGGCCCUACCUAAGCAUGAUCAUGGAGAACAAGAUCCGGGAGAAACUGGAGCCCAAGAUCCGGGAGAAGAGUGUCCACCUCAGGACCUUCACCUUCACCAAGCUCUACUUUGGGCAGAAGUGCCCCAAGGUGAACGGUGUUAAGGCACACACUGACAAAUGUAACCGGAGGAAAGUGACCCUGGACCUGCAGCUCUGCUACAUCGGGGACUGUGAAAUCAGCGUGGAGCUUCAGAAGAUCCGAGCAGGUGUGAACGGCAUCCAGUUGCAGGGUACCCUGCGUGUCAUCCUGGAGCCCCUGCUAGAGGACAAGCCCUUUGUAGGAGCCGUGACCAUAUUCUUCCUUCAAAAGCCGCACCUGCAGAUCAACUGGACGGGCUUGACCAACCUACUGGACAUGCCGGGUAUCAAUGAUGUAUCAGACAGUCUGCUGGAAGACCUCAUUGCUGCCCACCUGGUGCUUCCCAACCGCGUGACUGUACCCGUGAAGAAGGGGCUGGAUAUAACCAACCUGCGCUUCCCUCUGCCCAGCGGGGUGAUCAGAGUCCAUUUGCUGGAGGCCGAGAAGCUGGCCCAGAAGGACAACUUCCUAGGGCUUGGAGGCAAGUCAGACCCGUAUGCCAAGGUGAGCAUUGGCCUGCAGCACUGCCGGAGCAGGACCGUCUACAAGAACCUGAACCCCACCUGGAAUGAAGUGUUCGAGUUCAUGGUGUACGAAGUGCCUGGGCAGGACCUGGAGGUGGACCUGUAUGACGAGGAUACUGACAGGGAUGACUUCCUGGGCAGCCUGCAGAUCUGCCUUGGAGAUGUCAUGAUGAACAGAGUGGUCGAUGAGUGGUUUGUUCUCAGUGACACAACCAGUGGGAGGCUGCACCUGCGGCUGGAGUGGCUCUCCCUGCUCACGGACCAGGAAGUGCUGUUGGAGGACCAUGGUGACCACUCCUCCGCCAUCCUCGUGGUCUACUUAGAAAAUGCCUGCAACCUGCCGAGAAACCCUUUUGACUACCUGAAUGGUGAAUACCGAGCCAAAAAACUCUCCAGGUUUGCCAAAAAUAAGGCCAGCAGAGACCCUUCUUCAUAUGUCAAGCUAUCCGUAGGCAAGAAGACCUUUACAAGUAAGACCUGUCCCCACAGCAAGGAUCCUGUGUGGAGCCAGGUGUUCUCCUUCUUCGUGCACAGUGUGGCAGCCGAGCAGCUCUGCCUGGAGGUGCUGGAUGAUGACCUGGAGUGUGCCCUGGGAGUAUUGGAGUUUCCGCUGUGCCAGAUCCUCCCCUGUGCCAACCUCACCCUUGAGCAGCGCUUCCAGCUGGAUCACUCGGGCCUGGACAGCCUCAUCUCCAUGAGGCUGGUGCUUCGGUUCUUACGUGUGGAGGAACGAGAACUGGGAAGCCCAUAUACUGGGCCCGAUGCUGUAAAGAAAGGCCCUCUGUUCAUCAAGAAGGUGGCCACCAACCAGGCUCACAAAGCCCCAUCCCAGGGAGAAGGCCCUGCAGAUGUGACACGUGCCUCAGACCUUGCCUCUGACAUCAAGGGAGCAUCCACAAGCACUGAAACCACCACAGCUGUCACCAAGGCCACAGAGCCUGAGCCCCCAGAGACAGGCCUGGAGUCGAAAGGCAAGGACAGUGCCAAAGGGCUCUGUGAGUCCAUGGGGAAGAAGAGGAACCCAGCUACCAUCUUCCUGACUGUCCCAGGCCCCCACUCUCCAGGGCCCAUCAAGUCACCCAGACCCAUGAGCCGCCCUGCCUUCCCAUUCGCAUGGCCACCCACAAGGCUGGCUCCCAGCAUGUCCUCACUCAACUCCCUGGCCUCUUCCUGCUUUGACAUGACAGAUGUCAGCCUCAACAUUGAAGAUGGGGAUCCUAGGCAGCGACGGCUGGGUGAGAUUCAGCUCACAGUACGCUAUGUGUGUCUUCGACACUGUCUCAGGGUGCUAGUCAACGGGUGCAGAAACCUGACACCAUGUACCAGCAGUGGAGCUGAUCCCUAUGUUCGCAUCUACCUAUUGCCUGAAAGGCGAUGGACAAGUCGCAAGAAGACCUCAGUAAGGCGCAAGACCCUGGAGCCCCUAUUUGAUGAGACAUUUGAAUAUUUUGUUCCUAUGGAAGAAGUACAGAAGAGGUCACUGGAUGUUGCAGUGAAAAACAGUAGGCCUCUUGGCUCACACAGAAGGAAGGAGCUGGGAAGAGUACUGAUUGACUUAUCAAAAGAAGAUCUGAUUAAGGGUUUUUCACAGUGGUACGAGCUGACUCCAGACGGACAGCCCAGGAGCUGACGAUGGGUGCUAUCACCAGAAUGUCAGAAAGUUAUGAGUGUAUUUUGUUAAUAAGAACAUAUAUUUGAUGGAAGUGUAUGCUGUGUGAACUCUAACUGCAUGACUGGAUAGUAACGGGGAUCAUGUAGAAGUAGAACUAUCUCUGUUAAUUUGAUUAGUUCAAAUUCAGAAAGAAACUGUGGUAUUUGUGUCUAAUGAGGCACCAAAACCCCAGCAGUGAUUUCUCACUUUGGUAAUUGUUCACAUUGCAUUUAGGAUUGCCUAAAGGGUGUGCAAGAAAAGUGCCCUCUCUCCAAUACAGGGUUGGGUUGGAGCAGCUACCAGCAUCCCGGGCAGGUCUGACCAAAGGAGGGCACUCUUUUGUGGAAAUAAAAAGUGACCAAACCCAAAACUGCCCAGAGCUAACACUGCCAAAGCCCUUCUGGCUGAUGCCUGUGAUGCUCGUAAGCUGAGACGUUUGCCCCUGGUUCACUGGAGCUGACAGUGUUAGAGUGAUACCCUGAAGUAUUCCAAGUUUACUGCUCCGGGGAGGCCUAGGGACAAACUUCUGGCAUGUGGCAUUAUUUCCAUAGGAAGCUUUAAUCCUAACCCCAAGCCCAGGACUACAUCUGAACGCUGGGUGCUGGAGGCUGCAGAACAGUCACUUCCCAGGAGGAGUGGGGGCCUUCUGUAUUUCUCACAGAUAAGUUUGAGACUUAGUUCUACUAUUCUGAGAUGGCUGAGUCCCCCUGAUAUACAUAUUAAAAGGAAAAUAUGUAAAUUGUGUAUUUAAACAAGUGCCUUUUACACAUUUCAAUUUGUAAGAUCGGACUUUUUUGUUCUCUUAUACGUUUCUUGGGUGAUUGUCAAGGCCACACCCUUGUCUUCAAUGAUGCUUUUCUUUAUUAUUAUUCUGUGUAUGAUGUGAGCAGGAGGUGUCUGUGUCCAUGGCACAUGUGGUUGAAGGACAACUCUGUGACAGAGAUGGUUCUAACCCUUUAUGUAGUUUCUGGGCAAGCUUGCACAACAAAGCACCUUAGCCACUGAGCCAUCUUGGAGGCCCUUCUCUGAUGCUCUUCUAAAGAAUGGUGACAGUUGGGUAUGGUGGCACAUGGCUUUCAACCCAGCACUGGGAGGCACAGGCAGA